AUGGUAGACUUCAUCAUACCAACUAACUUCAAACAUGUCAUAGCAGCUGUUAAAGUUGUAUCUGGCUAUGAUGAAGAGAAAAACUCCUACCGCAUUCCUUCUUUAGCUCUCAAACUUGGGCAUUCUUUAAACAAGAUAUCUAGCAUUGUUGAGAGCAAUGCCAUGAUGUAUGGAGAUCAUGAGCGUGCUGAGUGUGCCCGAGACUUCAGGAAAAUACACCAGGCAAGGAUGUCAAAGUCCUGCACACACAUCUUGAAAAAGAAACACAAUGAGCUCCUAAGUAAGCUCAGAUCUUGCCCUUCUGCUGACAGCUACGCUGCUCUAGCCAAGGUCACGCUGUCCCAGGUCAUCCUGUUCAACCGAAGGAGAGAAGGUGAGGUAUCCCGGAUGCUUUUGUCAGCUUUUAAAAGCAGGGAUUCUUCUGAGCUACACGAAGACAUUGCCAUCUGUCUGUCUGAGUUUGAGAGGAAGCUGUGUCUGCACUUCUCAAGAGUUGAGAUCCGUGGUAAACGAGGGAGAAAGGUUCCUGUGCUCCUCAAGCCUUCCAUGGUUUCUGCCAUGGAGCUGCUUGUUGAAACGCGUGAGCUUUGUGGCGUUCCAGCAGAGAAUCCCUUUAUGUUUGCUAGAUGUGGAGCAAUGUCUGCCUACAGAGGAGGAGAGUGCAUCAACAAAGCUGCUUGCGAAUGUGGCAUAAAGAACCCUGAUGCACUGUCAUCAACUAGGCUUAGGAAACACAUAGCAACCAUGUCUAAAAUUCUUAACCUUAAUGAGAAUGAAGCAGACCAACUGGCUGAUUUCCUUGGUCACGAUAUCCGAAUCCACAGACAGUAUUAUCGGUUACCAGAGGGAACACUGCAGCUGGCAAAAAUGAGUAAAGUCCUAAUGGCCAUGGAGAAAGGAACACUGUCUGACUACAAAGGAAAGAAACUUGAUGACAUUGAAAUCGACCCAAAUGAGCAACUUGAGGCCCAAGGUGAUUCCAUGUCAAGUGAUGAGGAGGAUUCCAGUGACCUAUCUCAGACGACAGCACCAGCACCAGUACAGACUGAUCAACCUGUUCAAUCUGAACAAGCUGUUUCACAGGAGGAUCAAGGUUCUUCAAAUGCUCCAAAAAAGAAAUGGGAGGACAGUGAGGUAAAAGCAGUAGAGAGACACAUGAUGAGUUUCAUCAAGACAUGCAAAGUUCCUGGUAAGCAAGACUGUGAAAGAUGCAUUCACGCAGAGCCAGAAGCUUUGAAGCAGGGAACAUGGACUGGUGUGAAAAAUUAUGUGCGGAACAGGAUCACGACUCUUAAAAGAAAGGGUGGUUUGUAGGAAGGCACAAACACUUCAGCACUUUGCACAUUAUGCUCUUUUUGUAGGAAAUGGAGCUAAAUUAAAAGAAAUGAGGAUAAAGGUGUAGAAA